AUGGCUUUAGAGUACCGAGAAGACAAAUCCAAAGGCAACAUGCUCCGAUUCGAAGAGUCCCUACCUCGACUACCGGUGCCCUCGCUCGAAGACACCUCCAAGCGCUAUCUCAAGAGCCUGCAUCCUCUUCUGACCAAGGAGGAGUUUGCAGCUUCGGAAAAGGCUGUGGCUGCUUUCAACGAGCCAGGUGGUCUGGGACACACUCUACAAGACAGAUUAAUAGCCAAAGCACAAGAUCCCAAGGUCAAGAACUGGAUAAUAGAUUGGUGGAACGAGGGGGCAUACCUGGGCUACAAAGAUCCUGUCGUUCCCUAUGUUUCCUACUUCUACUCCUUCCGCGACGACCGCCGCCGAAGGAAUCCUGCCAAACGUGCUGCAGCCAUUACCACAGCGGCCCUCGAGUUCAAGAAGCAAGUCGACGCCGGUUCGCUAGAACCCGAAUACAUGCGCAAGAAGCCAAUGGCCAUGAGCAGCUACCAAUACAUGUUUAACACUUCCCGUGUCGCCGCCGAGCCCGUGGAUUAUCCUAUUCAAUACGGCCCCGAGGGCAACGAGCAUAUCAUUGUCAUGCGAAACAACCAAUUCUUCAAGGUCCAAACACACAUCAGCGGGAAACAGCUGAGUACAGCCGAGCUCGAACAACAAUUCAACAAGGUUUACAGAAACGCCCAGAUGGCUGAUCCCAUCGGCGCCCUUACCUCGCUACCUCGUGAUCAGGGCGCAAAAGCCCGAGAGAACCUGCUUGCUGCAUCACCUCUCAAUGCCGCCGUCCUGAAGGAACUCGAGGCAUCCUCCUUUUUCGUCUGUCUCGACGCCAGCACUCCAGUCACUCUCGAGGAGCGAGCUCACGUCUACUGGCACGGUGACGGUGCGAACAGAUGGUUCGACAAGCCGAUACAGUUCAUCAUCAACGACAACGGCACAGCAGGUUUUAUGGGCGAACACAGCAUGAUGGACGGCACACCGACGCACCGCCUCUGCGAUACGGUCAAUGCCUAUAUCGUACACAACAAGCUCGACUUCGAAAACCCGAGCAUCCGCUCCGACUUGCCCGACCCCACUCCCCUGAGAUUUGAGACGUCCGCCCCCGUGCUGGAAGACCUGGCACAAGCUCAAGCACAAUUCCGCCAGGUCAUUGCCUCGCACGACCUGCGCGUCCAAGCAUACCAGGGCUAUGGAAAGGGCCUGAUCAAGAAGUUCAAGUGCUCUCCGGACGCGUACGUGCAGAUGGUGAUUCAGCUCGCCUACCACAAGAUGUACGGCAAGAACCGACCCACCUACGAAUCGGCCGCGACGCGGAAAUACCAGCAAGGCCGGACGGAAACCACUCGAACCGUGUCCGACGAGUCUGUCGCCUUCUGCGACGCCAUGGCCGACGCCUCGACCUCGCGUGAAGAGACUGAGCGGUUAUUCCGUGACGCCGUCAAGGCUCACGUGCAAUACACCGCCGAUGCGAGCGAAGGGUACGGCGUCGACAGACAUCUAUUCGGCUUGAAGAAGCUAGUACAGCCGGGCGAGGAGGUGCCCGAGCUGUUUAAGGACCCAGCUUACACCUACUCUUCCACCUGGUACGUCAGCUCCAGCCAGUUGAGCUCCGAGUACUUCAACGGCUAUGGCUGGAGUCAGGUUAUCGACCAGGGUUGGGGUAUUGCUUAUAUGAUCAAUGAGAACAGUCUGCAAUUUAACGUGGUGUCCAAGAAGUUGGGCUGCGAGAGGAUGAGCUUCUACUUGAAUGAGGCGGCUAAUGAUAUUCGCGAUAUGCUGCUUCCAUCGCUUGAGCCGCCGAAAGCCAAAUUGUAA